AUGCCUGAAAUCGUCAAAAAGCGAAAACGCACCGCCCCCAAAAAGGACACAGAAGACACCGAAUCCAGUGACAAUGGCCCCGACGCAAUGGAGAUCCUGCGGCGGCACUUUGAGAGCCAGUUUGCGCCGCUGCCGGAGGUGAAGGGUGCCAAAAAAUCCAAGGCUGCCAAGAAGGACUCGGGGAAGAAGAAGAAGGCGAAGACUGGGGUGAUUGAAGAAGGUGAUGAUGAUGAUAGUGGCAGUGGGAGUGGGAGUGAGUGGGAGGGCCUCUCGGAAGAAGAAGAUAAGAAGCUCACAGCACCAGCGCCAGAAGUAAUCCACUUCACCGCCAGCGACCCCCUGCUCAAAACCGCCAAGCUCCCCAAAAGCAUCCUCAAGCCCUUCAUCUCCACCAAACCGCCCGCCCUCCGCGCGCCCUCCCCCCCCACCACCGCCCCCUCCAAACCCGACGAAUCCGACGAAGAAGACACCACCACCGAAGCGCACCACCUCCAAAACGACCUGGCCCUCCAGCGCCUCCUCCGCGAAUCCCACCUGCUCGACGCGAACCUCGAAGCCACAGGCAAGAACCGGCUCAAAGCGAUCGAGGCGCGCGUGCAGGCGCUGGGCGGGAGGGACCUGACGAAGCACAAGAUGCCGAUGGCGGCCCGGGUGUGGAUGGAGAAGUCGCGCAGGGCGAAGGAGGAGAAGCGGCGGCGGGAGGCGCGGGAGGCGGGGAUCGUGCUGGAGAGGGAGGUGAGGGUGAAGAAAAAGGGGGGGGAGGGGAAGAGGAGGGAGAGGGGGGCGUUUGGGCCGAGUGUGGGGAAGUUUAGGAAUGGGACGUUGGUGCUGAGUAGGAGGGAUGUGAUGGAUAUUGAGGGGAGGGGGGAGGGGAAGGGGGGUGGGAAGAGUGGGAAGAGUGGGAAGGGGAUGGGGGGGAAGGGGAAGGGGGUAAGGGGAAGAAGAGGAGCCAAGCACCCCAGCACCCCCACCAACGUCAUCCCUCAUCCCUCACCCUCAUCCCUCACCCCGCCCAUCUCAAAAACACCCAACCCAACCAUGACCCUCCUCCGACCGCCCCUCCUCCUCCUCCGACGCCCUCUCCUCCGCCGCCGCCGCACCUACAGCACCCACCCCCCCCCCGCGCCGCCGCCAGCAAAAGGAAUCGCCCUCCUCCCCGACCGCGCCCUCAUCUCCGUCGCCGGCCCCGACGCACCGAAAUUCCUGCAGGGCCUCGUAACAUCGCAGGUCCCGCCGCCAGACGGGAAUGGCACAUACUCGUGCUUCCUGAACUCGCAGGGCCGCAUGAUCUCCGACGCAUUCAUCUACCCCACCCCCACCCACGAGCCCCGCUACCUCAUCGAGCUCUCCGCCCCCACCGCGCCGCACCUCCUCACCACCCUGCAGCGCCGCAAGCUCCGCAGCAAAAUCACCCUCUCCCCCGUAGCCCCCUCCACACUCUCCGUCUGGGCCGUCUGGGACGACACCACCCUCUUCCACCCCGCAGACCCCACCCACUACAAGCUGCGCCGCUACCUCCGCGGCGUGCCAGAGGGGUCGGUGGAGCUGCCGGCGGAGGCGGCGCUGCCGCAGCAGAGCUGUCUGGACUAUAUGGGCGCCAUUGACUACCGCAAGGGGUGCUACGUUGGGCAGGAGCUGACGAUCCGCACGUACCACACCGGCGUUGUGCGGCGGCGGGUGCUGCCUGUUCAGUUCAGUCCUGUUCCUUUCCCCGCAGACGAGGAGGGGGAGGGGAGGGUGGUGUAUGAUCCGAGUAUGGAGGUUCCGGGGGUGGAGGUGGGGGCGGCGGUGAGGAGGGUGGGGAGGAGGGCGAGGGCGCCUGGGGUCGUGCUGGGGCAGGUGGGGAAUGUGGGGCUGGCGCUGUGCAGGUUGGGGGUUAUGACGAGGGGGGAGGAUGAUGGGGGUGAGCGUGAGUGGAGGAGUGGGGACCAGUUUGUGGUGGGGGAGGAGGGAAAGGAAGUGUGGGUGAGGGCAGUGGUGCCGGAGUGGCAUAAGGAGAGGGCAGAGGCUUUGAAGAGGUAG